AGGAUCGAGAAAGGUCCCUAAUAAUUCGCAUUUUAAUUUAGCUCCUGACUCCUAACGCCAUCAUCACACACACACACACACACAUUCAACAAACUCCGCCAAAUUCCAUUUCACUACAAUUCCGAUGGAUUGUAAUUGCUCCAACCUUCAACUCAUUCCACCCUCUCCAUCCAACAACUACAAACUUCUCUUCCAAUCCCUCUCUCAAAUCCCUAUCCAUCACUACGCUCUCGCCACCGCAUUCGCUCUCAUUUGCUUCCUCUACAAUUUCCUCGAAAUCCAUUUCCUUCAAGACCUCUUCACCGCUUUCUCUGGCUCCGCCGUUGACUUCACCUAUAAUUCUUCUUCUCAAAUCUACGACGCCGUCGUUUCAAAGUGCCGGAUUCUUCAAGGCAGAUAUUCGGUCACUCCCUGGCUUUCUAGUCCUCAUCUUCAAACCGUUUUCCUCAACUUCUUUGGAAAUCCUCCAAUCUUCAAAUACAAAAGACAAUUAUUUAAUACUCCUGAUGGUGGAACUAUUGCUUUGGACUGGCUUACCUAUUCUGAUGUUUGUGGCAGUACUUUCCAUGUAAAUGAUGAUGUCACUAAAGACGGAUCUACUCCCAUUGUUGUAGUGAUUCCUGGUUUAACAAGUGACUCUUCAUCUCCUUAUCUCAAACAUCUUGCAUAUCAUACAGCAAAGCGUGGAUGGAAAGUUGUUAUCAGUAAUCACCGAGGACUUGGAGGUGUUUCAAUCACGUCUGAUUGUUUCUACAAUGCUGGGUGGACCGAGGAUGCCCGAACAGUGGUUAAUUAUGUCCACAAAAAGAAUCCCGAGGCACCUUUGUUUCUUAUUGGAACUAGUAUUGGAGCUAAUGUUCUGGUAAAAUAUCUUGGUGAGGAUGGUGAGAAUAUUCCUGUAGCUGGAGCUGUAGCCAUUUGCUCUCCUUGGGAUCUUUUGAUAGGGGACCGAUUUAUAACCCGUAAGCGUGUGCAGAAGUUUUAUGAUAAAGCACUAGCAGUUGGACUUCAAGGUUAUGCAAAAUUACAUCAGCCUCUUUUUGCUCGCCUUGCUAAUUGGGAAGGAAUAGAAAAGUCACUUUCUAUCCGAGAUUUUGAUAACCAUGCCACCCGCAUUGUUGGGAACUAUGAGACUGUUGAUACAUACUAUAGACGCUGCAGCAGUUCUAUUUAUGUGCAAUCUGUAUUGAUUCCACUGCUCUGUAUUAGUGCUUUGGAUGAUCCAUUAUGUACCAGGGAAGCCAUUCCUUGGGAUGAAUGCAGGGCAAAUAAAAAUGUUGUGUUGGCCACUGUAAAACAUGGAGGACAUCUGGCUUUCUUUGAAGGGAUCACUGCAUCUAGACUUUGGUGGGUAGGAGCUGCUAAUGAAUUCCUUGAUGUACUACUCUCUAGCCCUUUCAAGCAUGUUCAGAAGAAGAUCUCUACACCAAACAAACUAUUGGACUCGUCAAUUGAUCAGGGCCCGUACCUCAAUAUUACUGAGGAUGGAAUGGUGGCUGCUUCGAACAAUGAGCCAACAACAGACGAUGCAGAAGAAAUACAUGUUAGACAGGAUACACAUCAUGUUGGGCGUGACAGGGUUCCAGUAAAAAAGAAACAAAAUGAGCUUGUUACUAACACUGGGAGUGGUGGUUCCUCUUGUAAUGCACAGACAGCUAGUGCCCAUAAUCCAGUGCCUCUUGAUGUGUUAACACCUUUGAAAAGAUAUGUAGGUCAGUUAUCUCGACAAAAUCGAUUGUCCAUCUGGCUGCUGGUUUAUAUUGCUAUCACCACAAGUUGGCCACUGGUUGGUUCAGCCCUAUCUCUUGUGUUUGGGAAAAGGCUCAGGAGAUAAUAUCGUAUUACAAUAUAUUAUUGUUGCAUUUGUAUUUAUAGAUGUAUAAUAAUAAUAAAUUGAUAAUAAUAGUAAGAGUAAUAUACUUUUUCUCCAUUUCUGAGUUUAUGGUGAAAUUAGUUGGGACUUUCAGUCGUCUAUUGUUUUCCUUAAA